AUGGAGCAGCGGAACUUCGGGAUGUCUGUGAAGUGCAUGCUCGUGAUCUACGUUUAUUCGAGUUUAGUUGGAAUUUCAUUCACGCAAACAUCCGUCACUCACUCUCGCGCCCAUUAUCCUGAGUCUUUGGAAGACCUAGACUCAUCUGCACGAGAACACCUAGACGAAGCCUUUGAAGAACAGGGCUACUAUCUGCAGCGCCUUUUCCUGGAGUACGGCACCAAUGGUACUUUGACCUACGAAGGUCUGCAGAGCAUGCUGGGCAGUCUCGGGCUCGGGGAAGUCAGCGUGCUCGAGAUCAGACAUGGCAUGGCGAGGCAUGCGUCCCCCAGCCCGCCCCAUUCUCGCGCUCGCUCACGUGCCGACCAUCAUCAUCCGCACCAGGCCACAGGCACUGAACCAUCAAACAAUGUGAGUGAAACAUUUGGACCAAAAGAAAAAAUGUCCAAUACAGUAACUGACGCUGUGGCCAGUGGACCAGCAGGAGUGGGGGAUUCAUCGCAACCUACGUCUGUUCCUUCUGCAGAAACAGGCUGGCAGGCUGGUCUGUCCAUGUUGUCAGACCACCUGACAAAGAAGCACAUCCAUGAGAAUUGUCUAAACGUCACCCAGCUGCUGUGGAACUUUGGUCUGGGCCAGGCGCCUCACAUCACUCCAUCCCACUUCACCUUCCUGUGUCCUGCGUUGCUCUACCAGAUAGACAGUGGCGUGUGUCUUCGCCAUGCAGAGUCUGACGUACAGGAUGCCAAAAAGAGCAUAACCUUCCUAAAAGCUUUGGGCUGGGCCUCGUUAGCACUGCUUGGGAUCAGUCUGCCAUCUCUGUGUGCCCUGGCACUGGUACCCCUGCUCCCACGUUCUGCCCUCCAGACUUCCCUCUGCCCCUUGGUUGCCAUGGCAGUGGGCACGCUCUGUGGUGAUGCCUUGCUGCACCUACUGCCCCAUGCCAGUUCUGGGCCACACAGCGACCACCGAGACGCAGUUCUGAAGGGCCUGGGCGUGUUAGUGGGCCUCUAUUUUCUUUUUGUGUUUGAAAGUGGUCUGGGCCUCAGGCGACACUCCAAAAAAUUAAAGAAGAAGAAGCGACAGGAUGCAGAAGCAGUCAGGGAGAUGGAGGCACUGGAGGGUUCCUCUCCUGCUGAACAAAUGGCGAGCCCCGAGUCCAGUCACAGGCAUUCUCAUGGGCCGCCUGGCGUGGGGUCUUCAGGCCUCAGAAAUUUGGUCUGCAUGGUCGUCAUGGGAGAUGGGAUCCACAACCUCACUGAUGGGCUUGCUAUCGGCGUGGCGUUCUCUCAAAGCCUGACAGGAGGACUCAGUACUGCUAUUGCUGUGCUCUGCCAUGAGGUGCCUCACGAACUCGGUGACCUGGCAGUGCUUCUAGCUGCGGGUUGGUCUGUGCGCAGACUGGCAAUGUUGAGCCUCGUCUCUGCCCUGCUGGGCUAUGUGGGCAUGCUGGCGGGCACAGUACUGGGGCAUCAGUGGGCUCAGCAUUCGCCCUGGAUCCUGACCUUCACUGCCGGAGUCUUCCUUUACGUCGCUCUCGCAGACAUGGUGCCAGAGAUGCUACAUGGAGAUCCAGAUUCGCAGGGUCCACUUAGGCGUUUCAUCCUGCAGAGCCUGGGGCUGAUGACAGGGGGCGCCAUUAUGCUGUGCAUUGCCCUCUUUGAGGAGGAGAUUGCUGUUAACAUGGGGGACAAAUGA